GAACGGCCCGCGCAGCCGCCCUCGCUCCGCCCCUCACAGCGCUGCGCUUCCGCUUCCCGGUGCGGGGCCGCGGGGCUCCGCUCCGCUUCCCGUUCCCCCGGCCAUGGCGAGCUACACCAAGGCGGCUCAGCAAUGGGCUACUUUUGCCAGAGCGUGGUACCUCCUCGAUGCGAAGAUGCAACCACCGGGAAAAAUAGCAGCCAUAACCGUAAGAAGGCUGGAAGGCAGGCAUAAGCCUAUUUACCACGCGCUCAAUGACUGCGGAGAUCAUGUUGUCAUAAUAAAUACAAGACAUAUUGCCUUUUCUGGUAACAAGUGGGAACAGAAAGUAUACUCCUCACAUACUGGUUAUCCUGGUGGUUUCAAACAGGUGACAGCAACUCAGCUCCAUUUGAAAGAUCCAACUGCAAUUGUCAAGCUGACUAUUUAUAGGAUGCUUCCCAAAAACCUUCUGAGAAGAACUUUGAUGCAGAGGUUGCACCUGUUCCCUGAAGAUGUUAUCCCAGAAGAUAUAGAGAAGAACCUUCUACAAGAGAUUCCUCAGCCACGCAUAGUCCCCAGGAGGUUAGAUGAGUACACACCAGAAGAAAUUGCUGCCUUUCCAAGGGUUUGGACUCCGCCUAAAGAUUUUCGAAUGAAGUAAUAGAAAGAAAAAUUGCUAUCAGGAAUGCCCGUCCUCCUUGGAAAAGAAUUCUUUCAUGGCAGAAGAACUCAUCUGUGCAUCUCGGUUAUCCCUUGAAUGCAGAAAGCUUCUGGCAGGUAUUAGCAAAUCUUAUUGCGAAAGAUUGUAAAAAUGGUUGUAUUUAAAGCAACUAAGGAUGGAUGUUACGUUACUCACGUGACCUGUACUCCAUGUUGUGUGUUAUCUGUUAAUUAAAUUCCUUUUAUUGCUAUUAUUAAACAAUGGCUACAGUUGUUUUUUUGAAUACUUAACCUGAGGGGAGCAGUACCUUGUUUGCUGAAAUGAGGUAUCUCACUGUAGAAGCUGCAAAACUUGACUUUCAUCUGGUAGGAGUAGUGAAUAGUUAUGGAUUGAAAAUAAGUGGCUUGAGGUGUUUAACCUUUAUCUGUCUAUCUCUGCAGAAGUCAUGUUGUGCAGUUUCUUGAAAGCUUCAUCUUGAACCCGGUUUGCACAUAUCACAAAACAUAAAUGGUGGGAUUUAGAUGCUUGCCUGUCUGUACAGGCCUUCAGUUUCCGUGUCUUUUUAGCUGCUUUGCCCGCUGCCAUGACUGAGGUGCUGGUGGGCAUCAUCUGGAGCCGGUUGGUGAGGAAAGUCUGUUUCCAACAUCCAUUUUGUUGAAGCAGUGUAGAGGAAGCAAAACAAUGCUUUAGGUAUGAUCUGAUUUUAUAUGCAUUUCUUCAGCCUUUCACUCAGGUUUAUCCCAUUCCUGCCCAUAGAACAUGCAAGGCUACACUUCCACAACAGUAAUGAAACUUAAUUCAAUCCUGAAAGCAUUCUUCAAAGGUUAAAAUAAACACGUUUUGUGCAAGAAUGCAGUACGUAAUUUGUAGGUAAGAUUUGGGUGACGCCAGCCAUACAUUCAUGUGCUGCAAACUUCACGGUCAGCAACUUACGUUUCUUAGGCUGUCUGGAAAAAUGCAAGACACUCCUGAUGGUACAGUGACCGAAUUCUGGAGAAAAUACUGAGCAGCUGCAUCUGUGUCUCAACUCUCUUUUGGCAAAUGCGUAAAGCCUGAGUAUUACUUUUAUAUGUCAUAGUAGCCAUCAAAAAGUUAGUUUUGCAUCUGUAACAAGUUGACAUGGAGCCAGUGCCAAAUGAUGCACUCUGGUUAGCAGCUAACGCCAUCAUUAAAAACAUAAAGCACAACUCGUAUAAUUAAAGCUUGUCCUUCAGGAUAUAAAUUAGAAAAUUGUAGUGGGAAUGCCUAACCAAGAAACACUCUUUGCUUAAUCCACUGCACGUAGCCUCCCAUACGCGGUGAUGGCGAGGAUGGUUGCGUGUGCACUGUGGGGCUCCUGUCCUGCAAUUUGGGGGGGCUUGGAGACAGGAUGGCUGCUGGGGAAGCACAGGGAAGAUGACGCCUGCCUUGCAGCACUGUAAAGUGGGGUUAAUCUGGUUAAAGGUAAAAGUCAGUAAGUUAUCUACCUUAUACUUUAAAUACAAGUCUGUAUUGGGAACUCACAUUUAUGGCAAUCUUAAUCACCCUUCUGCAAGAAAAGUGGUGAGAUUUAGGGCUGGGAAAAUCAGUGGGAAAACAGAAACAGCAUAGAAAGGAAUACAGCCACGUAGCAGGAAAUUGCCCUGGGAUAUACUCAGCCAUGGGUAUUAGUUGCAUGUGUAAAUUGUUUGUGUUAUUAAUGAGGCUGACUUCUGGGCCAGAGAACUUGAGAUUAAUACAGUAAAGGUAUGCAGCUGUCUCAUCACCGGUUUCUCUUCUUUGUCACAAGCUGAGAGAGCUUCUGGCAGUGGCCAGAAGCAAAAGCUGACACAUUUCCCUCCUGCGAUUAAAGAGGCCGAACUUUGUCAGGGGCAAGCAGGAACCUGGUCCUGGAACCCACAGGUCAGCCUGUCUAGGGCUCUGUAGGGCUGGAUUAACAGUACUUAAAAUCCAUGACUUCAUUUUAAGUGUAUGCACAUUUUUGACCUUCUGCUUUAAAACUUCCUUUGUUUCUUAGCCUCAGUAAUGUUCAAAGCUGUUUAUUGAAUCACUUUAGAAGUUGUCUGCUUUGUUUUAACCUCAUUAAUUGCUUUGUUAUUCUCAAGUGGUUGGGUUGUCGUUUUUUCUUUCCUUUCUCUCAUUUUUAGGUGAUCCAAGUGGCUUUUGCAACCAUUUCUUCCAGGCUUUUGACUUUGGCACAUUAAUAUCCAAAAUCUCACAUCCACAGAAGGGACAGCUUCCUUAUCUCAUAUUUCAUCUCCCCACUUCUUCAUACAUUGUAUAAAUAAGGCUAAAUAUUCUUUCAGCUGAGUGCCUGUAACCUUUACAAUGAAACCAUUGUACAAAAGUGCUGG